AUACAGAAGAUCACUACUUGCGUGAUGUUUUAUAGUGAUGCUUGUAAGACGACGGUGAAAUCCUCUUAUUUCCUGUGCAAUGCUGCCUCUCUUUCACGCAUUAGAGGCAGCGGCUUCACACGGCUGCGCAUCCCUGGACAGAGCUGUCAGGAAAACUCAAAGGCGCAGGAGAAACGCUGAUAUACUGCUUUCAAGUGAACACGGUUUGAACGAAGAGUGUUUAUGUCUGAGGAGCCAGGGGAACGACUAAAGGUUCAGUCCUUGUCCGGGACGCGAGCGGCUUGUUGUUGAAAGCGACUUGUUCUGGAGUUUGGUGUCAUUUCUUUACACUUUCUACACUGCAGGCGUUAUCCAGAGGCAAAACUCCGGCUGUUGGAGUAGUUUAGGAAAUUGAAGGAUUAUUUUUGCCCCGGGGAGACUCUCUUAUAGCCUACUUCGGACUUGGUGUGUGUUGAGACUGUUGUAGGCAUAGCGGAGCCGCUGCAGGAGGUGUUGCUGAUGCAGAAGUGAGGAUCCCGUUUCACUUAUAACAGAUGAUUUAAUUUAAAUGACUGAUUUGCAGGCUUGCACCCAAGACUGAAGUCUGACAGCCUACUACAUCUUCCUCUGUGUUGCCAUCAUCUUUGUGCGAGGACUAUGUUGAUGAAGGAGUACCGCAUCUGCAUGCCUCUCACAGUGGAGGAGUACCGGAUUGGCCAGCUGUAUAUGAUCAGUAAACACAGUCAUGAACAGAGUGAACGUGGGGAGGGCGUGGAGGUGGUCCAGAAUGAGCCGUAUGAGGACCCUGAGCAUGGAUCAGGCCAGUUCACCGAGAAACGAAUCUACCUCAACAACAAGCUGCCCAGUUGGGCCAGAGCAGUCGUCCCUAAAAUUUUCUACGUCACAGAGAAGGCUUGGAACUAUUAUCCAUACACUAUAACAGAGUACACGUGCUCCUUCCUGCCUAAGUUUUCCAUCCAUAUAGAGACCAAAUACGAGGACAACAAAGGGAGCAACAAUAAAAUUUUUGGCAGCGAGCCCAGAGAGGAGGAGACAGAGGUUUGUUUCGUGGACAUCGCAUAUGAUGAGAUCCCCGAGCGCCACUACAAGGAGUCAGAGGACCUGCGCUAUUUUAAAUCAAAGAAGACUAACCGAGGCUCCCUGCAGGAAGGAUGGAUCAACACACAAGACCCCAUCAUGUGCUCCUACAAACUGGUCACAGUCAAGUUUGAGGUCUGGGGCCUGCAAACACGUGUGGAGCAGUUUGUGCACAAGGUGAUUCGAGAUGUCCUGCUGUUAGGACACAGGCAGGCCUUUGCCUGGGUGGAUGAGUGGAUCGAAAUGACCAUGGAGGAAGUAAGAGAGUAUGAACGAACCACACAGGAAGCCACCAACCUAAAGAUUGGCUCCUUCCCCCCUGCCAUCUCCAUCUCCGAGAACCCCCUACCAUCCAGCACCCGCAGUGGUCCUAACAGCGCCCCAUCCACUCCUCUGUCCACUGAAGCCCCCGAGUUCUUGUCAGUGCCAAAGGAGCGUCCCAGGAAGAAGUCAGCUCCAGAAACCUUGACCCUGCCUGAUCCAGGCCGCAGGGAUUCAGUCUUCAAGCUGCCAAGCUUUUUCUCCUGGAACUCCAGUCCACAGCCAGAAUGAGAGCACGGCUAUACCACUGGUGAACGCCCUCAACCUGUGGAUCAGUGGAGGAUGCCUCCCCAGCACAUCCCACAAUACCCCCUCAACCAGCUGAAGUGAAGGUGACUUUUCACGGUCCUGGCGACCCCAGCCCCCUCAGCAGACUCGCCGGUGUUACAGCAAAGCCAACAGCUCUCAGGCUACCUUUACAGGUACCGACAGGCAGUCUGAUCACCACAGCAAAAAGUCCUGCGAGGUCUGAAGGUAUAGUGCGUCCCUUUGAGAGUCUAACAAAAGCAGCUGGAGGCUACUCAUUCUUCUCUCCUCCUCAGAAAACAGCCAGCCAGCACCAUGCAUCAGACAGUAUGGAGUCCAAUUAGUCAGAUUGAGUGUAGCAUACAUUCCUGAAAAUAUUUUAUCCCGCGAAACAUCACCUUGUUUUCAUCCAAACUCAGGGUGUGUUGACAAGAUAUGUUGAGAUUCAGUCACUGCACAUAAACUUUACAUGUACAGAAUUAGUUUUUUCCACUUUACCUUUAGAGAUCGGAGUCUCUGGCCUUGUUGACUGGAGCUUGUGGUUUGACAUAUCUAUAUAUGUGGUGGGGACUGACAGAUUCUUUUUGGCCACUGUAUCAGUUGAGUAUUAUGGUUUUCACAGUCAGAUGUAAGGUGAUUGUUGUAUUCUUGUAUAUACAGUACAGUAUGGACAUCAAAUAACCAGUAAAAUGUCAGUGCUUCAAAAAGAAUAUCAUAUCCAGUGAUGCUGCUGCUAUGAAAUGGCUUGUGUAUGUUAAAGAACAUGGCUUUCUUCAGGUCUCUAUCUUCUUUAAGUGUUUAUUUAUUAUAGUGAGUUCUGUCAGCCAUGAUGUCUGUAAAUGACUUAUCUAAUUGCAUGAUUUUGACCGCAGAGGCUGCUUUUUAAUAUUUGUGAAUUAAAUGUUUCGUUAUCUCUGCCUCAUAUUUGAUGUUGUGUUUUAACUGAGUUUCUACAGACUGGUAAAGUGGUUUGUAUGUCAUUUUAUUCAUUUCAGCUGUAUCGUUUGUAGUCAUACUGUUGAUGGGUUUUGUAUU